UUUGGCAACGCUGUGUUGCUUUUAAAGGCCUGUUGAAAUAAAUAAAAUAAUUUUGAGAAUUGUUAUAAUGUUUAAGUAAAUAAUUCGAUAAUAAAAACACAAACACAUGAGUUUUGAUAAGAAUCAUACGUGCUUUAUCUAUUUUUUAGGAAUUAACUAGUGCGGAAAAUUAACAAAGUUAUGGCACAAGAAAAUCAAACUUUAUUGUCAAAAUAUUUGGCUAUAUUUUUAGUUGUCAGUGGAUACUGGGUUGUUUCAAUAUGUACAGUGUUUAUAAACAAAACACUUCUAAGCGAUUUGCAUUUAGAUGCCCCUUUUUUCAUAAAUUUCAGUCAGACCCUAAUAACGGUGCUGAUUUGUUUAAUGAAAAAACAGUUGAGCAAAAUGUACCCAGACAGAUUCUCAUUUCCACUCACUGAUGUUACUGACUGGUACACAAUUAAGGCUAUUUUGCCAGUUUCAAUUAUGUUCACCACUAUGAUAGCAACAAAUAAUUUGUGCUUAAAAUACGUUUCUGUGGCUUUUUACUACAUUGGUAGAUCUUUAACAACAAUAUUUAACGUAACCUUAACCUAUUUUAUAUUGGGCGAAACUACAUCAAAGAGAUGUAUAUUUUUUUGCCUCGUAAUAAUUUUUGGUUUCUACUUAGGAGUUGAUCAAGAACAUACAGCAGGUGAUUUAUCUGUUAUCGGCACAUUCUUUGGAAUUGCUGGUUCAUUAUCACUUUCCUUAUUCUCCAUUCUUACCAAAAAAGUUCUACCUAAAGUAAACGGCGAAAUAUGGGCGCUAUCUUAUGCAAAUAAUGUAUAUGCAACCAUAUUGUUCCUACCCAUGAUGAUUUUAAAUGGAGAAAUAUCAGAAUUAACAAACUACAAAAACAUCGAUGACCUCUAUUUUUGGGGCUUCAUUACAAUCGGAGGAAUUUGCGGCUUUGCAAUCGGAUUUUUCACAUCUUUACAGAUCAAGUGUUUACCACCUGAAAUCUCGUUUUCAGUUCACUUCCGCUCUGACGCACAACAUUUCCGGUACGGCGAAGGCAUGCGCGCAAACGGUGCUGGCCACCUACUGGUACCAGGAGACGAAGUCCGCGCUGUGGUGGUGCUCGAACUUGAUUGUCCUGCUGGGUUCCGCAGGAUACGCCAGGGUCAAGCAGAUGGACAUGGAGGAGCGUCAUCGGGCUCAGCCGUCGUACAGCAAAGUUAUAAUGCCCGAUUCCGUUACGAACCAACCCUUUUUAACACUUUAACUAUUAAAGACGGGAGCAAUAUAACUUUAAAUUGCCUAAAGAAUAAUUAUAAGAACAAACCAAAAGUAAACUGGGAGAAAAUGCCCUGUAUUAAAAACUAUCAGGAUGAAGAAUGCGAUACGGCACAAAUUUAUAGUUUGAAAAACAAAAACUCAUGGAAUUAUUUACCAGAAUUUAAAAAUAAACCAAAUUUAAAUAUGCAUUUCGUUAAAAACAUGGCUGGUAUUUACAGAUGUCUGCAAAAAGGAAAAGUAAAAAAAAUGUGGAUUCUGAAAGAAGCAAGUUCAGAAAUUUUUUCUGUAUCCCUGGACGUUGCCAAUACUACAAGUUACAACACAAUCCACUUCACGCUGCGUUGCAACGUCUCCAGCAAACUUCCGGUGCAAAUAAUAUGGUUCAAGAAGUGCGAAUCGUGGCAACAAAGCAGCAUAAAAGAAGAUGGCGAAUAUUACUGCCACAUACGACACGGGGUCACCCUGUAUAACACCGACGCGAGCUACAUAAGCAAGUUGAAGUUUUACGGGGAGUUUACCGAUUCCGGCACAUAUGUUUGUGUUGCUUUAACAAAUUAUGGAAAAUACAAUAAAUCGGUUGAUAUACAUGUACCGAAUGUUUACAAGGAGGAUGCGUUUUCUCUAUUUUCGUUGUUUUUGAUCCCCAUUGUUCUAUUUAUACCGAUUGUUAUCAUAUGGUUUUGUUAUUUUAAAAGAAAACAAAAAUUGGAGAAAAUACAAAAGUACAACGCCGUAACGCAAAAUGUAAACCCACAAAUUUAGUAAUAGUAAUGAUCUGUGA